GCUGCGCGGGCCCAGUUAGCGCCACGUCCGCUCCAGGCCGCUAAGCUGGCGGCCCAGGGAGAGUCGCAGAGUCCCGAAAGUCUUCCCAACAGUCCUAUGUCAACUUCAGAAGUGUAUAAAAUAAGCUUUAUAUUUCCAAAUGGAGACAAGUACGAUGGUGACUGUACAAAAACAUCUUCUGGAAUCUUUGAGAGAAACGGAGUAGGGAUUCAUACCACCCCUAAUGGUAUUGUCUACAUAGGAAGCUGGAAAGAUGACAAGAUGAAUGGUUUUGGAAGACUUGAACAUUUUUCAGGAGCAGUAUAUGAAGGACACUUCAAGGACAAUAUGUUUCAUGGAUUGGGGACUUACAUAUUCCCAAAUGGGGCAAAGUACACUGGAAAUUUCAAUGAAAAUAGGGUGGAAGGUGAAGGACAGUAUACUGAUAUCCAAGGACUAGAAUGGAGUGGUAACUUUCAUUUCACAGCUGCUCCAGGCCUGAGACUAAAGCUGCACAUGUAAAUGUUCUGUAUUGAAGUUGUAAUAUGAUGCUUGAAACUUUUGACUGUAAGGAAAGCAACUAAAUCUGUCACCUGAAAUGACAACAUGCAGUGCCUCUAUAAGUUUGCCAAUAAAACAAUCACUC